AUGAAUAUUGAUGGCAAUGCUAUUGUCAGCGGCAUCAGAUUGUUUGCAUUAACAACGACGGCGCGCGGAGGCCGCGGCAGAGCUGGCGGCACAAGGCCGGCCUUCGAGCUGCUGGACGAGGACAUCGAAGAGAGAUUUGUCAAGGGAAGUGGGCCAGGCGGCCAAAAGAUCAACAAGGUGCGGAACUGCGUCCAGCUGACCCACGUACCUUCCGGCGUGUCGGUCUCGUGCCAAGACUCUCGCGAGCUUCACGCCAACCGCCACAUCGCUCGGAAACGCCUCAAGGAAAAGGUGGAGUUCCAGCUGAUGGGCGCCGACAGCAAGGUCGGCCGCAGAAUAAACAAGAUCCGGAACAAGAAAGCUCGCUCGCAGCGAAAGUCGCGCCUCAAGCACCAAGGAGCAGCAGCGACAGCGGCAGCGGCAUCAGAAAAACAGCCAGAACCGGCGCUUAGCAAUGACGAGAAGAUGAUGAUGGCCGGUGGCAGCGGCACAGGGGAGGCGGUGGACUCGGCGAGCGAAGUCGACAAGGAGGAGAGUGACUGGGAGGACAGCGGGAGCAACGAAGCGGGGAGAUGAAGAAAAAAUAUUUCGAGUCCUUUUGGGGAGUGGGGUGACGAGAGUUUUUUUCGUUGGUACGCCCCCCCAUAUGUCAUACGUGCGGCGAGAUGGCUGCCAAUUCGAAGCGUUCUUCGUUUCUGGCGUCUGGAAGGAGGUUACAUUCGAGACUGGGCUGGAACGGCACAGACUCUUCUCGACGUAGAGAGUGGAGGGUGGACGGCGCUGUUACCACUGUCGUAUCCUUCUAAAGGCGGACCGAGGGCGUGUUUGCCUCUGCUGUUGUUCGGAGG